AUGGGAGACUUCAACUGCUACCAUCAAAUGUGGUACGGAGUAAAUUCACAUGAAUACAGAAAUAAUAUUCGAGCAGACCGCGUUAAUGGUGCACGGCUAAAACGAUGGAUAACCCGACAGAAACUGACCCUCCUAAACGAAGCAGGCAUCUUUACGCAUUUCUCCAGAGACAGAGGGAAAAGGCCUACAAUCAUCGACCUUACAUUUGUAAAAGGCCCAACACUUGACCACAACCUACGAUGGAGCACUUAA